CCUGGCUUUCCUCGCGCUGCGUGCAUGUCGUCCUUCCUACCUAUGCUAGGCCGCCUGUGCGGCACUGUCCAGUUCCUCUGUUUCUUCAUCUACUCGCUCCUCAUCUCAGUCUGGGAGACAUUCGGCGGCUGCAAAGUGAGGCGGCGACGCGUUACACACAACACACCUUCGCCGGAGGAUCAGCAGGACGGCAAGCAGCAGCUUGACACGGGAAAGGCCACCAUCCAGCAGCAGCAAUCGACGUGUAUUUCCAUCAAUGACGACUCCACCACUCUCGACGACCCCGGCAGCCCCUCGUCCAUCCCCUCAACUGCCACCCACACAUGGGCCUCCCCCCCACGACCCUCCUCGCCCGACAAAUCCAAGAAGCAGCAGCAGCAGGGACAGCAGUCGGCGUCAGAGAAGCCACCGUGCGGCGAUCGGUACAACGUGUUCGGCGGUCCCAAACGAGAGGGUGUGAGGCGCAUUCUCAUCGUCCUCUCGGACACGGGCGGCGGACACAAGACGGCCGCCCUCUCUCUGGAGCAGGCAUUCGACCACCUCUACGGCAACAAUGGCGACGAUGCCGAUGCCGCUGCUGCGCGGCAGGUGAAGAGGGUGCUCAUGGAGGAGUGGGAGGGCGGCGAGGGGGUGCAGCUGGAGAUCAGGGCCGUCGACGUCUGGACGGACUUCGCCAGAUACCCCUUCAACGAGUUCGUGUGGUACUUCCGCUUCUAUGCUGCAAGGCCACAGGUGGGUGGGAUGGGGCGGACACGGAACGAGGAAUGCUUACUCACCUUGGUAUCUCUCUCUCUCUCUCUGUGUGGCUUGUGUGUGCGUAUGUCAGCUGUGGGUGUUCUUCUACUCGCUGUUCACCCUAUGGCCAUUCAAGCGCUUCGCCGAGGCGUGGGGUUUCCACCACAACUACGACCACUUCGCCAGGCUCCUCCAGGCGUCCCAGCCCGACCUGCUUCUGUCCGUCCACCCCCUCUGCCAACACCCCUUCCUCCGCACCAUGGCCACCAUCGGCAUGCACAACGUCCCCCUCGUCACCGUCGUCACUGACCUCCAGACACCACACAUCUUCUGGUGGGCGCCCGGCGUCCACACCUACUUCGUCCCCUCCGACGCCGUCCGGACCCUCGCACUCAAGCAGCCCUUCAUCGACGAGUCGCAAGUCAGAGUCCGCGGCCUGCCUCUGCGCAAGGGCUUCUGGAGCACCGAGCGAUCGACGAGCAAGCAGGCGAUGCGCGCGGCUUUGGGGUGGAGGGAGGACGCCGCCACGUGUCUGGUGAUCGGCGGGGGUGAGGGCAUCGGCGGCCUCGCGGCAACGGUGCGUGCCAUCGUCAGCCAGCUCAAGCGCCACAAGAGCCCCCCCAUCAGCACCAGCAACAAGGGCGGCGAUGAGGAGAAGGGCAGCGGCAUUCCCUCGUCUUCGCCGGCCUCGUACCAGCUGAUCGUCGUGUGUGGUCGCAACGACGGCGUCAAGAACAAGCUGGAGCGGCUCUUCCCGCCCAAAUCGCAUCAUCAUGCGUCCAGAAGGCCUCAUCUCUCAAAGUCAGAGAAGAAGCCUCUGGUGUCCCAGCGCGCCAAGGCGGGCGCCGUGUGGGUGGGCAUCUACGGCUUCGUCGACAACAUGUCCGACGUCAUGGCCGCCGCAGACUGCCUCGUCACCAAGGCGGGGCCAGGCACCAUCGCCGAGGCCUGCACACAGGGCCUCCCAGUGCUGCUGUCGUCCUACCUUCCGGGGCAGGAGACGGGCAACAUUCCUUUUGUCGAGGACGGCAGGUUCGGCGCGUAUGCGCCGAGAAAGGACGCCUUGGGGCGGGCGGUGCGGCGGUGGCUGGAUGACCCCGACAUGCGGGAUGAGAUGGGGAGGAGGGCCAUCGAGAAGGCCACGCCCAGCGCCACCCUCCAGAUCGCCAGGGAGAUCGGCGACGGCAUCGUGGGACUCAGACCGCAGCAACAGCAGCCACAGCAAUAGAUGGGUGUGAGAGGAUGAGGGGGGAGGGGAAGGGUGGGUCGUUUCUCCUGUGUACUGCUGCUGUAUGAUGUUUUCUUGCCGUCUGUCUCUCCCUCCCUCUCUCUGUGCUCACGUGUGUGUAUUUCUUCCUUCUGCGCUGGUUGAUUGACUGAAAUGCAUUCUUUGUCGCUAUGGCGGUCGGUGAGCCAGUGGGCGGCAGACACUCCCCCACUCUGUCUGUAUCUGUCUGAGUGGGGACCACCGCCUAGCUGCGGCUGACUGACUGACCGUGCAUACAGACAUCCAUACACAUACAUGUGUACAUCCAUACCCACUACUGUUGUCAUUGACUGAAGAGUCAUUUUUCCUAGACCUUUCAUUGGUAGUCACAGAUAGACAGGGACGGGAGGGGGGAGAGGAGGGGUGGGGUAGGUGCAAUUAGUGAAUGAGGGAGUGCUCCAUGCAUGGUUCAUGCCGUGCUGGGCGUCACGCGCGAGUCGGGGUGAUGUCAGGCAGUGUAUUUGGCUCAUUCGGGUGUGGCUGUGUCUGUAUUAAGCG